CCAGACCCGCUUUUCAAACCCGCUCCAGCCCCGGGGAGGAUGAACCAGCGCUCUCACAAAGCCCGGACCAACACACAACAACUUUCCCUGGACAUAAAACACUUUUGAAAACUUUUAAAGCCAAAAACUUCCACAUUUUCUCCAGAUUUUCGGCGGAAUCCUCCCGGGACCGGACGCGUUACGCACCGAUGGGAGGAAAGCCCAAAAGUUUGCCAAAAAUCCGCCUUUAACCAAAAAAAGACGGACAAAAAGAGGGACACGGGGUAUUCCCAGGCCCAUAAACCUUUAGGGCCUGUUGCGGUGUGUGAUGGGCGAGGGUCAGGAGGCGCCGUACGAGGAGCAGCUCAGAGGAGUGUUUGACAGUUUCGACGGGAGCGGCGUUGGUUCUCUGUCGCAGGACGAGCUGUUGGAUCUUUGUGAGUCUCUUCAUCUCCAGGACGCCACACCUGCCCUGCUCCAGACUCUGCUGCUCGGCCCCGACGCGCCACACGCCCGGGUCGACUUCGAACAGUUUAAAAAUGCUCUUAUUCUGGUUUUAUCGUCAAACAUCGAGGAAACUCCGACUCAGGAACCAAGACCAGCGUCUCCAGAGAUUCAGCCCAAGUUGGUGAAGGGCAGUAAACGAUACGGGCGCAGGUCCAACCCCGAGUUCAUCGACCCCGCCUCAGACCCGACCCGGUCCAGUCCAGGUCCAGACCGAGACCGAGACCGAGACCGAGACCAGGACGAGACCGAUGAGUCAGCAGUUCCCUGUAAACGAGAGCGCUGGAACGUUCUCGAGACGAGCACAGAGGAGGAGUAUGAGGCUGAAGGUCAGUCGCUCCUGUGGAACCCUGACGAGCCGGGUACUCCUCGGGGUUGUGUGGGUGCUCCUGUGGCGGGGCGUCUGGAGCAGAAGGUUCUGGAGGCGUGUGAGGACCUGGCUCUGUCCUGGGACGGUUUGGCGACUCACGCGGAUCUGCUCAGCCUGAGCCGACGCCUCGGGCUCCAGAUUUCGGGGGAGGAGCUGCAGACUCUGAGCUGUGACGCUCUGACGGUUCAGGAGUUUGUCUCCAGAGUUUUAAACCAACACAAACCUCCCACACCCUCUGCCUCCCCCUACAGGCAGCUCAAGAGAAUGCACUCCACACAGCCUUUCGACGAGGUCGGCCGCAGAAUCGCGACGCCCUCGGCCCUGAGCAGCUCCAUCGCUCAGAGUCUCUUCUCCGCGUUGGACGAUGGGACGGGAUUCUGUCCGGUGGAAAACGUCCUGGACUCGUGGACCCAGGAGGGAAUCGAGAACGGAACAGAAAUCCUGCAGGCCUUGAACUUCAAUGUGGAGGGAAAACUGAGCCUCAGUGACCUCAGCUUCGCCCUGGAGACUGAGCUGCUGGACACGAGGAACGGCGUCCUGCAGGCGGCGCUGGCGAGUUUCAGAGCCGAGAUCAGACACCUGCUAGCGUGUGUGGACCGUGGACUCAGGGAAAAGGAGAAGAUCCAGUCGGACCUGGAGAAAACAGAAAGACUCAAAACUCAGUUGGCCACAGAAGUGGACGAACAUCACUCGACCAUCGAACACAACAACAAACUCAACCUCAGGAAGCUGGAGCAGGAGCACAGGGAGAGGCUGAGCUCUUUGCGCUCGGAGCUGAUGCAGGAGAUGGAGCAGAUCCAGGUUCAGGCUGCAGCUCAGAGGGACGAGCUCCAGGCCCAGGUCCAGAAGAUCAGAGAAGAAGAGUCCUUCCUCCGAGACCACCUGUCCAUCUCCGUGAAGGAGAACCGUCGUCUGGAGGUGGAGCUGCUGGACACGGCCGAAAAACUCGUAGAAGCUGAAAACCAAAUCACAAAACUCCAGACAAACAUGGACAACAUCAUGAAGGAGAAGUUUGGAGACUUGGACCCCGGCAGUGCAGAGUUUUUUCUGCAAGAAGAAAGAAUCAAAGAGCUUCACGUGAGCUACGAGGCUCAGUGCAGGGAGCUGCAGGAUCGAAUCGACGAGCUUCAGUCUGAGUUAAACGACUUUCACAACAUCGGCCGAGUUCCUCCCACGAGCUCCAAGAGUCUGAGCGACGAACUGGAGACCGAGAGUCCCGGGAACGAGUCCGACCCCGGUCUGGGUUCAGAGGAGCAGCCGUUCUCUUUGUCUCUGGAGGUUGAGUUGAUGUUGGAGCAGAUGAAAGAAAAACACCUGCAGGAGAAGAACAAACUGCACACACACCUGGAGAACAAGAUCCGUGAGUUUGAGGAGCUCGCGGAGAAGCAGAGGACGUCGCACGAGGAGCAGAGAGCCGCUUUAACUCGACAGCACCAGGACGAGCUCCAGACUCUGAGGGAGGAGACGUCCAGAGCCCAGACCCAGGCCCAGGAGCUCCAGAGGCGGAUCGAGGAGCUCCAGACCGAGCCCCCGAACCACGAACGAGAGACCGAACAGGAAGAAGAAAUCCACACGCUGCGACAGGAGCUACUGGAGGCUCAUCUGAAGAACGCAGAUUUAGACGAACAGCUGAGAAGUUCAGAAGAACAACAACGUGAAAUGAGCGAGAGCUUCAAGAAAGAGACGGAGGAGCUCAAACAAAAACACAACCAAGACAUUUCUAAACUAGAACAAACUGGAGCUGAGAUGAUUGUCAGAACAGAGGAGGAAAGAACUGCACUUUUGAGGGAAUUUGAGAAAGAAAAAGACGAUUUAAAGACGCGUUUCGAGGAGGAAACGAGGGCGAGAUUAGACGAAGAACAAGUGCGGUUUGAAAAGGAAAAAGAGGAGAUGGUGCAGAGGCUGACAGAGCAGUGGAAGAAAGAAAGAACUCGAUUAGACGAACAAAACACAGAGAAAGUGCAGGUUUUGCUCGAGGACGAGAAGCUCAGACGAGUCAGAGAGCAGGAGGAGAAGGAGAAGGAGCUGACGGAGAGAUGGGACACGGAAAAAACACAAAUCCAACAGAAAUAUGAGGAAAACCUGGAGGUAAAAUUACACCAACAAGCAACGGAAUAUGAACGAAAAGAGAAGGAGUUAAGAGAAGAGUGGGAGCGAGAGAAAAGAAGACUGGACGAAGAGUUUGAAGAGAUGCUGCAGGAGAGAAUCAACGAGGAGAGGAAGAGAACGGCCGCCGAAAGAGAAGAGGAAGAGGAGAGAUUUGAGCGAAGGAGGAGGAUGGAGGAGAGACACGAGGAGACGGUGAAGGAACUGAUCCAGAGACACCGAGACGAACGAGACGAGCUCCACUGCAGCCUGGACAAACUGAAGAAGGACAUCGCACUGGAGAGGAGACAUGUGGAGAGCAGCUUCAGCCUCAGACUGAGCGAGGUGGAGGAGCGUUUCGAGCUCGACCAGGAGGCCGCGGCCAACAGGUUUCAAGACGACGUUCUAAAACUGGAACAGGUCUACCAAACGGAGCUCCAAACGGUGAGCGAAAAACACGAGAGCGAGAAGAGUCGGUGGGAAGAAGAGAUGAAGAACGCGGCGGACGAGUGGCUCAAGGAGCUGCAGGAAAUCGAAAACGUGCACAAAGAAGAGAUGGACGACGUGGAGCUGAAAAACAAACUGUUACAAAAAGAACUGGAGGAUUUCGUUGUGAGCGGACAAACGAGAGAAACCGAACUGAGCCGACAGUUGAACGAGCUGCACCACAGGCUCCAGGAGAGUCUCGACACCCGGGACCAGCUCGUCUCUCAGGCCCAAAAACAACUGACCGAAACUGAAAAAAUGCUUCGAGAAACUGUCCAGAACUUACAAGAAGAACGGAACGAACUCUGGGAAAAUCUGUCCCAACUCGAGUCGAAGUACAACGACAUUUGCAGCAUUUCUGAAACGCAAAUCGCAGAAAGAGCUGAACUGUCAACGCAAAGAGAUGAUCUGAAAAUAAAAAACGAGGAGCUGGAACAUUUGGUGAGGAACCUGCGAGGUGAUUUUGAGGGCGAAAGGAAGAACAUGCAAAGAAUUAUCAGAGAAUUAGAAGAAAAAGGAGCAAAGUGGAGUCAAAUCAAAGAGCUGGAGAUGGAAGUCAGUCAGGUUUUAAAUUUCGUACAAAACACUGAAAUUAUUGACAAUACUGAGAUCAAAAAUGUGGAAAAUGUAAAUGAUUCUUAUGACAUUUCUUCUGAAUUUGGUACGACGAUUACGAAUUCAACCAAGUCUUCAUCGAGUCUGGAAAGUGUUGAUUUUCUGAGAUGUUCUGCAGAAGAAAACGAAACUGGUUUAAUCGGUAAAAACGCGUUUAGUUUGAGCAGAUCUGAGUCUUGUGAUUCUGGAGAAGACAAAAUGGAUGAGUCUGAAGAUAAACUCUGUGAACCUGGACAAAGACGGACUGAAGAACGUCUGAACUGUGAAGUGGAGAUGAUGAAUGUUCUUGACCCACGUUUGACUUCUGACCAGAAACCUCAGUGUGGUGAAACGACGUUCGAAAACAGAGCAGACGCUGUUUGUUUUCAAAACGACAACGGAUUCUCACGAUUGGAAAGGUCAGAGGACGCAAAUGUGACUAAAGCUCAGAACAGUGAAAGGUUUUGUGAACUAAAACCACAAACUGUACCAGAUUCUGAGUUUGAGGAAAGUUCUCAGGGAGAUUUGUCGCUUUACGAAACGGCGGUGGACUCACACGGCUUGGAAAAUGUGACAAACAAUUGUAUUUUCUUUAUGCCAGAAAUAAGUUUUAAGAGUUUUGACCACAGUGAAAACCAAGACGUGAUCAAACUCAAAGCUUUGUCCAAAACCUCCACAGAGGAACACGUGUUACUGCAGGAAAAAGUCUCGUUACUGCAGCAAAAGAUUGAAAUUCUGGAGGUUUUACUGGCUCACAAAAACGAAAAACUCAAAACGGGACACGAGGUUCUGGAGGAAAACUACAGCCUCAAAGUGAAGCUGCUGUUUUUGGUGGAGCAGGUGAAAGAGCUGGAGAGGGAAGUUUACAGAAUGGCCGAGUUGCAGAUCCGUUUUGAAGACUGCGCGUGCGAAAACGACAAACUGAAAGAGCAAAACGAAGAGCUCGAAAACCGCGUGUGGAUUCUGGAGAGCAGCAUGAACAUCUACGGGUUUGAAGACGGGAAAUUCACUUUGACGGACGAGAUAAACCGGAUGAGAGAAGAGAACCGGAGACUGACCGAGCUCCUCAAAGAACUGAACUCACCUCGUGGAAAUCUUCAGACCCACAGCAGAACAUCUCCAAACCCCAGUCACCAACUCCAGUUUGACCAGGUUCACAUCCAGGAGUUUGAAGAUUGUUGCGCCGAUUUUGAAAAGGAAAACGCCAAAUUACAAAGAACCAAAACAGAAAAACGAGACCAGAUCCAGUCCAAGACCACAAACGUUCUGAGAUCUGAAGCUUCUCGUCUCUCAGAGGAAAACCUCGUUCUGAAGAAGAAGAUCGAUGCUUUGAAGGAGGAAGAGCUGAAGGAGAUGAUGAAAACUCUGGAGACGCUGAAAAAAGAGAAGGAAGCGUCUCAGAGGGCAGCAGACGACUUCAAGAAACAGAUUUCAGAGCUUCAGUCUCACAGUUUGCUCCUUGAAAAUAAAAACGGGAUCCUGUGUGAGAAAAACUCUCAGCACCUGUGGGACGUGGAGACGCUCAGACGGCAGGUGGCAGCGCUCGGCGAGUCCAGAGACACGACGACGACGACGGAGAGAACGAACGAGAAAACCAACGACAGGAUGAACGAGACGACGCCCGACGACAAGACGCAGUUGUCGUUGUGUGUGUCGGCGUUGGAGGAGGAGUUGAACAAAGCUCUGAACGAGACGACGACGCUCAAACAGAGAAACACACUGAUGUGUCUGGAAACAAACACACUCAGAGAGAAGAUUAAAUCUUUGGAGUCGUUGGAGCUUCAGUUUUUAAAUCUGUCUGAAGAAAAGAAGAAUUUGGUGAAAGAGACUCAGACUCUGUGUACGCAGCUCUUCAAAGCUCAGGAGAAGGUCAGAUCCUUGGACGAGUCUCUGCAGACGGUGACGCUCCAGAGCAGCAGGUUAAAAGCCGACGUCCGAGUUUUACAGCAGCAGAAAGAGUCGCUCCAACACGACGUCUCCGUGUUACACAAGAAACUCCAGAUCAGCUCUGACAAGAACCACGUCCUGGAGCGAGCGCUUCACUCCACGGGGCUUCAGAGCCACAGCAAGAGGCUCCUGAGGGAGGAACUGUCACGACUCAUGGAGCAGGAGCAGAAGGUCCUCAAACAGGAGAACGAAAAACUCCAGGGAGACGUCCAGAGCAUCAGAGCCGAGCUCAGGCAGGCGCGAGACAAGAUCCGUCAGCUGGACUCCACCAUCGUGAACCUGAAGCAGCACAAACAGAGUCACUCUUCAGUUUUAAUGAACCUGGAGCAAGAAAACAGCAAAUUAAAACAAGAACUGGAGAAGAACAAAGCACAUGAGAGAAUCUCUGGAGCUGCAGGAUCAGACCUGGAGAAAAUUUUACAGGAAAACGAAGAUUUGAAAAGUCAAAUGACUCGACUCUCCACACAAGUCAUCCAGUCGUUUCAGGCUCAGCUCGUCGGGCUCCUUCCUCCGUCUCCUCACAGAAAACCACGAGGACAACAACUCGGAGAAGAACCAGAGCAGGACGGCGAGAGGAAGAUGAGGGCGAUGGAGGAGAGGAUGAGGGAGAUCGAAACGUCGCUGCACAACGUCAAACUUCUGCUCAAGGAAAAAGUGGCUCAGCUCAAAGAUCAGCUUCAUAAAAACGGAAAAGCCGACGUCCUGAUCAAAGAUCUGUACCUGGAGAACGACGAGCUCCUCAAAGCUCUGGAGGUGACGGAGCAGCGCCACAAAAUCUCCGAGAAGAAAAACUACCUGCUGGAGGAAAAGAUCUCCAGUCUGACCAAAAUCCUGCGCGACCUGAGUCCGUCCAACCUGCCCACGCUGCAGCACCACUUCAGCUGCUCCUGACUCCACAAACACUCACACCUUUCAUCAAAUACCAGUGUUUUUUAUUUACUUUUAUCAUCCCAACUCGGGCGGCACAAUAUCAGACACAGGUCACAUUUAUCACCGAACAAUAAAAACACUGCUAUGUUUUUAUUUGUUUUCUGGAACAUUUUCAGAUCGUCGAAUGUUCCCGUCUUUCUGUCAUCGAACUGCACUGGGCAAAUAUUUGAGAUUUGAACUUUGACAAACACCAGAGUCGCUCCCGUCAAACGCACAAACACAAAACUACACAGAAACUGUCAGUCGUUUUUGCUGCAGUUUCGUUUGUGCUGUUUUAGUUUUGGAAAUAUUAACGAUUCUUUUAGGUCAAACUGGAAGCUUCAAAUGCAACAUGGAGUCAGUCGUUUGUGUUUCGUUUUUUCUGUAAAGUUCAAUUUGUGUGAUUUUGGUUUUUAAGAUCUGAACAGUUUUAUUUUGGGACAAUAGCGCCCCCUAGUGCCUCUGCUCAGGUUCAUUUGUCUCCAGCUCGAGAUCAGGAAUCAGAAAACACCAGACGAUUCACAAAAACUCCAGAAGUGCAACGAGUUCAGGCUCCGGCCAAUCAGAGAAGAGACAGACAUUCUGUGUUGGUUAUGAUUCCCCAGAUCCUCGAGGAUUUAAACCAGAACAAAGAGAAUGUUUGGUGAAUUUGAUCUCGGGGAAAGACGUUAUUGUUCUUCUUCCUUCAGGAUUUGGAGCUUUACAAACGUCACGACCAAACAGCAGCGACUGGUUCAAUAAAAAAAGUCCCGUCUCCUGUCGAGUGAACGAAUCCUAAUGCUGCAGGUCACACGGUUUCCACCAAGUGAAACCAGCUCAUGAAUCAGACUGAUCGUCCAGAUCCUCAAAAUGUGAAACAGCCUCAAAACAACAGAAAAUUAAACCAAUCGUUUGUGUUGUUUUGUGUGUCUGUUUUUCAUUUGUGUGAUUUUAUUUAUCAAAUGAUUCAUGAUUAUUUUUGUGUAAAUUAUAUUUUGUUCAUUUGUGUUUAUGUGACUUUAACAAAACUCCACAAAAACUCGUGAAGAGAAACGACCUGAGGCUGUGGAAAAGUUCAGUCAGAUCAACACAAAUGAACAAAAUAUAAUUUACACAAAAUAAUACAUUUUUUAGAAAUAAACUCACACAAAUAAAAAAAUACAAAUGUUUGAUUAAAUUUUCUGUUGUUUUGAGGCAGUUUCACAUUUUGACUCAUCGACCCAAAAUAAAACUGUUCAUGUUUUAAGAACCAGAAUCACAAACUGAAGUUUCUGCAGCACAAACAGAUGAUGUGUUUGUUUUUUUGUGUAGUUUUGUUGUUUGUGUUUGACGACUUCACUGAGGCGUGUUUAAAACAGGUCACCACUCCACAGAUCUGACCUGUAAUUCAUGGUUAUAUUUUAUUAUGUUUAAAUCCAAACGUCCUGAUUCACUUUGACGCUGUUGUUUUCUCCUUUUAAAUGUUUUAAAUCUUUUAAAUGUUUUAAAUUUGCACAUUUUGAAUCUGUGUCUUUGUUUUUUCAAACGUCUCUUUUAAACCAAACACAAGCCUUUGUGUUUGUGACGUCAAAUCAUGGAAGUUGAAGCUUUAAUAUAAAACACAACCUGAAGUGAAAAAGCCAAAGAUUUUUAUUUAUACUGAAUGUUUCAAGACUCUGUGUCUCUGUGUCUGUGUCUCUGUGUUUGUGUCUCUGUGUUUGUGUCUCUGUCUUUGUGUCUCUGUGUUUGUGUCUCUGUGUUUGUGUCUUUGUGUCUGUGUUUGUGUCUCUGUGUUUGUGUCUCUGUGUCUGUGUCUCUGUGUUUGUGUCUCUGUGUCUGUGUCUCUGUGUUUGUGUCUCUGUGUCUGUGUCUCUGUGUUUGUGUCUCUGUGUCUGUGUCUCUGUGUCUGUGUCUGUGUCUCUGUGUUUGUGUCUCUGUGUUUGUGUCUGUGUCUCUGUGUUUGUGUGUCUCUCUGUGUUUGUGUCUCUGUGUCUGUGUCUCUGUGUUUGUGUCUCUGUGUCUGUGUCUCUGUGUUUGUGUCUCUGUGUCUGUGUCUCUGUGUCUGUGUUUG